AAUCCCGUGUAGUAAAACUAACAGUAUUUGUAAUGGAUUACAAAACCAAAUCUCCAGAUUGAUAAAACCAAUUUUCUACAAUGGUAAAUUAGAAAGUCUAUAAAAGUUAAAAAAGACGAUCCAUAAGGGUAAACUUGUCUUUUUAGGAACAUUCCAAUGGAUAAACCCAUGAAAUUAACAGACCAAUAACCGCAAAAAAACUACCAAUGCCUUGUUUGCUACAUUCCCUGUUGCCACUCUCUUCAACGCCAAAACCUCUACUCUUGGCAAAGUCGCCGGCGUACGAUGGACCCGUUGGUGCCAAUAGACCAAGACCCAAAUCCCAUCAUACAAUAACUGCAAUAUCUAAAACCAAAAGCAAAACAAGAAUCAAUAACAAGGCUGAGGAUGACUAUCAUGCCACCCUUAAAGCUCUCAACUCUAAAGGUCGUUUCCCAAGAAAGUCACUUGGGCAGCAUUACAUGCUGAAUUCGUCAGUGAACGAGGAACUAGUUGCUGCUGCUGAUAUACAAGAAGGAGAUUUGGUGGUUGAAAUUGGGCCUGGUACUGGUUCACUGACCAAUGUUCUUGUCGACGCUGGUGCCACUGUCCUUGCGAUUGAAAAGGAUCCCUACAUGGCAGCCCUUGUAAUUGAGAGAUUUUCCAGUCUGAACCACGUAAAGGUUUUGCAAGAGGAUUUCACAAAAUGUCAUAUACGCUCCCAUUUGUCCACAAUUUCGCAAAGUGGAAGGAAUUCUUCAGGUGUGAAACCACAAUAUGCAAAGGAGGAAGCAGCUGUGCGCUUGGUGGAUUCAUCCUCAGGGUCCUCCGAGUAUCGACCCAUUAAUAUCUUCAUCAACUUCUAUUCAGAUCCUGAAUACAGAUUUAAGGUGCCAAGGACAAAUUUCUUCCCACAACCUAAAGUCGAUGCAGCUGUAGUUUCCUUCAGACUGAAGCAACCUGUAGAUUAUCCUCCUGUUUCUUCUGCCAAAAGCUUCUUCUCAAUGGUCAAUUCUGCUUUUAAUGGAAAACGUAAGAUGUUGCGAAAAACACUACAGCAUAUAUGCCCUUCCCUUGAGAUUGAAGAAGCUCUUGUUGGUGCUGGUCUUCCAUCCACGGCAAGGCCAGAGGAGCUAGCGCUAGAAGAUUUUGUAAGGCUGCAUAAUUCCAUUGCUAAAGCCUAAGACUUUCUGGUGUCACUUGGCGCUUUGCUGAGGAUACUUGAAAGUAGAGGCAUCACCUUUCUUAUUACUCAACUUGUUAUCCUAAACUUCACCAGUAGCAGAAUUUGGAAUAAGGAAUUCACAAGCUUCUGCAAGCCUGGAGAAUUAUCACCAGCUGGGAACUCAAACAGCUACAGUUGACAGCAAAAAGGACAACUCCACAAAAAUUGAUUGAGCCUCCAUUAUUACUCUUGUCCCAUCAAAGCCUUAAUCCAUUCAACAUCGCACAAGUGUUGAGAGAAGAAUUAUCAGGCAAUCAGAGCUCAGUGUAAAUAUUGUAGUAGCACAUAUCUAUUUUUACAAUCAUUAGAGUAUCUACCAAAGACCAAUAAUGUAUUUGGGUGAUAUAAACGGUAUUUUUGCAUCGAAUCAUCCUAUGUUAUUCAUGGAGAGUGAUGAUUCAUAUCUAACUUGCUUGGCAUUGAAGUGCCUUUGUUGUU